UUUUUUAUUAAUUUAAUUUAAAACCAUUUAAAACAAACACUGCUGUACCCGAUUACCGGUCAAUAAGUAAAUUAUUAAGAAAAACUAAUUGUCGUGUAUUGAUCCAGGUUGGUUAUAUUGGAUACCACCUGUGGCUGCGACGUGAACUAAGUGUGAACUCAUAAAAACCAAGAUGGCAGUCCAAAAAACCAUGCAACUUCUGGCUGCAAAACUGGACUUAGGCGAAAACGAGAAAGUCGUAAGCAAAGCAGCAGAACUGGAGCGGUUGUUACUAAAUAAAACAGUUGCGGGCAGUAGUAUAACUGAUACAGCCAAGGCAGUUAUUUGCCUCGACCUGGCGUCCUCAUUGUGUGGCGUAGAUGUGAAUGUGUGUUUUACUAUUCAGAAAAUGGCAAUCAAGUAUUCUGGCCUCAAGGCACCUUCGUACCUGAACAAUCGGAAGAUGGUUGAGAAUCUUCUAGAACUGAAUACUGAGAGGCUCACUGUUCCUGCCUUAUGCCUGACACUACAGUGCAGUGGUGUUCAGGCCGCAGCGGAGGACAUACUGAGAGAAUAUCAAGCUAAGUCAAAGAUGGAACUUGAUUUAGAUUUACCUCAGUAUGUUUGUAUGGCAGUAUAUCAAGCAUGCAGACUGAACAAAGUAAAGGUAUUGAAGAGUAAAGUCAUAGAAAAGUCAAGGAUAAAACCUGGACAGUGGACUAAAAUGGAUAGUGAUUGGACAAAGUUUGUGGACGAACACUUUGCCAGUGUUGCUAAAAAGAAGAGAGGAAGACCACCUAAGAAUGUUACUGUGGAAGAUGCACCGAACGAAGAACAAAUGGAUGUAGCAUGUAACGAGAACAAGGAUGGACCUCAGCUAAUAGAACCAUACAAUGACUGGAAACAGAGGAUUCUAGAAAUAGCGUAUAAGGAAUUAGAAGAACUAUCCAGACUUGAAUCUAAGACAGAGUUGCUCCAUAGUCCAAGAAGGUCACCCAGGAAAACUCCUCAAAAGUUCUCUCCUUACAAAAAUUGUCCUAACACAUCGAAAGGUGUAAGGCUAUUAUUCCCCUUAUGAUGGUCUCAUUCCAGUAAUUUAUGGUAAUGUUCGCUAUCAAUCUAUUCUUACCAAAAUAGCAUUUUAGACUGAUAUUUUUUGGGUAGACGAUCCUGUCUUAAAGUCUGUUUUACAAUCUCAGAUACAAUCUCAGUCGAUUGUUCCGCGAUUUAGUGACGUAUCAUUCUAUUGGCAGGACAAUCGACUGUUGAUGAACCGUUCAGAAUUUGUCAAUUUAGAGUCCGACAUCCGAUAAGUUUGCAACAGAAACAAGUCCAUUUUAAUUUUGGACGCUGACGUGAGGGCCUUACCACAAAAACUUAGACGUAUUUAACAGAUUUAGCGCUGUCAAACGCCUAGUUAAUCUGUCAAAUUUCGUUUUAAGCACUUGUUAAACAAUGUUUUAAGUUUUUGUGGUAAUGCAGUGAUGAUGUUCAUAAUGCUGAUGGGAUCAUCUUUUACCUGAUGCAAAAUAAAUGUUGCAAUUUCAAAGAUAUGCCUUAUGAUCUGACAUUAUUUGUAGUAAUUUAUUAUUAUUUCAUUGUUUUGUGUUUGGAGGUUAAUUAAAUAUCAUGUAAGCAUAAUUUCACUGAUUUAUUAUGUAUUGAUAAAGCAUAUUGAUCUGGGGGCACGGUAGUGCCCCCACCAAGUCGA